AUGGACGGUAUUCCACGGCCCAAGGAGGGUGAUGUUGAUAUUGGAACGGGCACGUUUGUUGCUUGCUGGGUCCUUACUGGUGUUGUGGGCUUGACACUUGUAUUCCGCUACGCAGUGAAGUGCUGGGUUCGUUUCGCAUUGCCUCAGGUCACUGCCCCCGAGCGUGUCUGGGGCUUCGAGGAUCUAUUCUUCCUCGCGGGAUACACUCUCGACAUUGCGCAUAUGAGUAUGAUUCAACUUAGUUCACAAUGGGGCUUGGGACGGCAUUUUUACUACUUGUCAGGGGUGCAGCGCUUUACAUCCAUGAAGUAUGACUUUUACUCACAGCCACUCGCCGUUUCCGCAGCCAUGGUCUCACGAACAGGCAUGAUGUGGUUCCUGUUGACGUGCUUUGCGGCGAGCGACAAGAAGAUUCGCAUUUCAAUUUUUGUUUGUGCCAUUGUGCAGAUUAUCGCCAAUAUGGUGACGAUUCUACAAAUUAUCUUACAGUGUGGGCCAAAUCCCUACCACGUGACGAAUCGCGUGGCCUACUUCAAGUAUAUGUGGACUCCGCUACCCAGUGAUGGAUCUGUCGUUUGCCAAUCUCCCAAUGUCCAGACUACUGUUGGCUUUGUUCAAGGAGGCUUCAACACGGUCAUUGACUUUAUUUUGGCGGUUAUUGCCGGUGUCGAGCUGUGGCAGUUCUUCCUUCGCACCCUUCACCGUGAGAACCUCUCCUUUUGGUCACAGUUCAGAAAGAUCAACAGCACCGUGCGAUCUCGUCGUCUGUGGCAAACCAUUACUCUGUGCGGACCGCUGGUUCUCUCCGGUGCGGCCUCGAUUGUAAAAACAUAUAAGUUGAAGUCUCUCGGCGAUAGACUUGACUUUACGUACAACAUCGUUUCAUUCAUUCUCUGGGUGAAGAUUGAAAACUACAGCAUCCUCCUCGCCUCCUGCGCCCCAGUCGCCCGACUCUUCCUCCGAACGAUCGUCGACGCCCGACACGGCGGCCGCCUCGGCUACUGGUCCAAAUCCAACUCAAACAACAACUACCCCGCCAACGACACAGAGCUCAAGAACCAACAGAGUCGAAGCAAAACCGGGUGGAUGGACUCAGCAACUGCGACAGCUACGGCAACGACACAAUGGCAAGACGAGGAAAGCCAGCACGCGAGUUGGGAAAUUCGUCCAGAGAGGUCCUUGAACCGGAGUUCGAAAGGGUAUGGGUAUGGGCAGGGCAAUGAGAUGGAGGGUACAGAUGAUGGGGGUGUGACGGUAAAGACGGAUAUUGUGGUGCAGGUCGAUGAUGGGCGGUCGACGUCGAGUGGGGAUGCGAGGCUUUUGCCUGGUGGUGGGGAGAUGCCGGGUGGGAGAGAGGAGUAUGGGUAUCAUGCGAGGUGA